AUGCCUCAUUCACGAAACGCGAGCGACACAAGCGACUUGAGCGAGACCAUCAGCGAACUUGGCUCUGUCAUCGGCUUCAACGGGAACGUGUAUAUGACCAUGAAAAAUGCUAGGAUAUCCACUGUAACUUAUGCAGAGCAGACUCGACAGAUAAUAGAGAAAGACAAGUGGAUCAAACCUCCACCAAGCGUGCACGGCGUGGAUCCAUCCAGGGUUCUAGACACGAUGCUGAGAAACAUUCACGAAACCGGCGGUGAUUGGGCUAUUUGUGUGUGUGUAGAGACUUGCGACCAAGUCAACCUCGCGAAGACUUGGUUUAUGUAUCUCUUAUGGCUAUUGGCUUUUGGCGUUGACUUCAACAAGUUAAUUGACGAGACGAUUAUGGGAAUGUCCGAAGACACUAUUCAAAACAUGGAAAGGCUUGUAGACGACCUUUCCAAUGAUAUGAUGCUCGAACAUAAUAUCCACGAUAAUUUUGACAAGCUGAAAGUAUACUUCGAACAGACGGAGCUCCUGCAGUGGCGUACCACCAGUUUGGUGGUGCCAGUGACAGAAGAAUCCGCUCGCCGCGCCAAAAUUGACAGGAAUGGCUACUGCUUGUUGUUCAAGAGAGCUAUCGAUUCGACCCCGUUACAACAAUGUAUAACAAAAUACUCCACGUUGUUUAUAUACUCCAACGAAAAUGGAGGCACUCAAGCUAUCACGCAGUAUGAGCCUCCGCUGCUGCUACUGGACUCCUCAUCCGUAGGCACCGAGAGUCAAAGAAAGUACGGCGCAAUGGCUCUGAAGGUCGAAGACGGGCGAAUGAACCUAGAGAAAAAGAAAGAAUAA